AGCCUCCACACAAAAGUGUCCUACUCUGCCAUUGUCACUCUGGGAGAGCUUUUUGCCACCUUGAAGAAGAACAUGGACCCUGAGGUGGAUGAGGUGACUCGGGUCCUUCUCCGGAUGGUGUGGAACUCCCCAGAGUUUGUUGAGAAAGCAGCCAGUCAGACCCUGGGGAUCAUGGUGGAGAACGUGACUCCUGCACGAGCAAUGACUGCUCUCCUGGACAGUGGAGUCCAACCUGAUUGGCUCCACUCUUGCCCAGAAGUUUAUCCUGUACAUUCCCAUGUGCAUUUACCCACAAAGUUCUUUCAUCUGGUCCAGAAGAGCUCUUUCCUCCAAGCUCAGGAAGAAGCUGCCACCUGCUCAAAAAGUGAUUGAAAAACA